ACAUCUUCGAAUAGUACUAAAUCUAGUACUAAAUUACUGACUGGAACAUCCCUGUCUCAGAACGUACAAAAAAGAAGAUGAAGAAGACCAACACAUCAAGGAAAUAGAAGAAGAAUAAGUUCAACCUUUUUGAGAAAUGUCAAAAACAACCAACACGUUUUUGUGUAAAUACCAAUAAAUAAUCUGGAAACCAAUCCAAAAUGCGUAUCGAAACGUGUUAUUUUUGUUCCUCAAGAAUAUACCCUGGCCAUGGUAUUCAAUUCGUAAGAAACGACUGCAAGAUAUUCAAAUUUUGCCGAUCAAAAUGUCACGCGGCAUUCAAGAAGAAGAAGAACCCACGCAAAGUGAAAUGGACCAAAGCCUACAGAAAGACAGUGGGAAAAGAGCUGACUGUAGACCCUUCAUUUGAGUUUGAAAAACGCAGACAUCUGCCUAUCAGAUAUGACAGGGAAACCUGGUCGAAGGCCGUGGAGGCCAUGAAAAAGGUGGAAUCCAUAAAAAAUAAGAGACAGGGUGCUUACAUCAUGCAGAGGUUGAGGAAGGGCAGGGAAUUGGAACAAGAACGUGAUGUCAAAGAGGUGCAAAGGGAUCUGUCCCUUAUCAGAUCACCUGCUGCUGGACUUAAGGAGCGGCAACAAGGGCAGAGUGUUGAUGAAGAUGUUAAAGAAAGUGAUGAGGAGAUGGAGGGUGUUAUUGAAGAUGGUGGGGAAGUUACUCUUUGAUGCAGUGCUUGGUGGAGAGACAAUUGAAGAUAAGAAGGCUGUAUUAUUGUGU